CCCUCUUCUUCUCUUCCUUCUUCUUCUUCUUCCUCGCAUCACGCUCUCUCUCUCUCUCUCUCGGUUGCUUGGCCAUGGCGGAGGUUCACGUGGCGCAACGCGGCAUAGGCGGCGAAUAUGAGGAUGAGGAACUCACGAACCCCCGGUCACCCUUCAUUCUCCCGCACUCCGGCGACGACCCGCCGUCAUCUUCCGGUGGUGGUGGGAUACGGGUGCGGAGGGCGGAGUUGCCGAUCUUGGCGGUGCUCGUGUCGGUGCUGAGGAAGUCGGUGGCGAUCUGCAGUGUCGAGCAGGAGGAGGACGCUGCACUGGACAUCAGCCGGCCGACGGACGUCCGGCACGUUGCCCACGUGACGUUUGAUCGCUUCAAUGGCUUCCUUGGCCUUCCCGUCGAGUUCGAGCCGGAACUCCCCUGGAGGGUACCCAGUGCCAGCGCCAGUGUAUUUGGGGUUUCUGCAGAAUCGAUGCAAUGUUCCUAUGAUGCUCGGGGGAACAGUGUGCCAACGAUUCUGCUAAUGAUGCAAAGGCAUUUAUACUCACAGGGAGGCCUUCAGGCAGAAGGCAUUUUUAGAAUCAAUGCUGAGAAUGGUCAGGAAGAAUAUGUACGAGAUCAGUUAAACAAGGGAAUCGUACCAUGUGGUGUUAAUAUUCAUUGCCUAGCAGGUUUAAUAAAGGCUUGGUUUAGAGAGCUCCCAAACGGUAUAUUAGACUCACUCACGCCAGAGCAGGUGAUGCAUUGCAAUACCGAAGCUGAAUGCACUCAGCUCGUCCAGCUGCUGCCAGCAACAGAGGCAGCACUUCUUGACUGGGCCAUCAAUCUAAUGGCUGAUGUUGUGCAGCAUGAACAUCAGAACAAGAUGAAUGCACGCAAUAUUGCUAUGGUAUUUGCACCAAACAUGACUCAGAUGGCCGAUCCCUUGACUGCAUUGAUCCAUGCGGUGCAAGUGAUGAAUUUCCUCAAGAGCCUUAUCAUGAAAACCCUUCGUGAAAGGGAAGAGAAUGCUGCCAGAGCAAGAGAAUUCUCUUUUUGCCCAGAAUCCCCAAAAGACAGAGACCGUCACAAUUCAUCAAGGUUAAUGGCAAUAACCAAUGAGGGAGCUGAUGAAACACCAACAAAAAGUUGUUUUCGCAAUACAUCUGUUCUAGACAUGUUUUUAAGAAACAGAGAAGACGGAUUACUCAGUGAUGCUGAGGAAAGUUUCCGGAGCCUUCCUGAGAAGUUUGCAGCUGAUGAUGAAGGUGAAGUAUUCUCAGAAGGAUCAGCAAGAAAAUCUCAGGUGGCAGCCAUAGAAAAUGGAUGCAGGGGUCGGUAUAUCAGUAAAGAUGUUGAAGGCUUGUUAGAUAGACUUAACCUCAGAAAGGGAGUCAGAAAAAUUUGUACACGUCCUAUGUUUCACUUGAAUAGAGUUGGGAAGAAGAGCAAUCCAUUAGGAAUUGUUGAUUCGGCUGCAGUGGCUGGAGGGGAAGCUUGGGCAUGACAUAAAUGUAGGAAGAAUGUGGUUCUUCUGUUUGGUUGUGUGCAUUCUGUUCAUGUAAUUUGCGGUCUGUAAUGGGUUGGAUUCACUAAGAUCUAACAUGCCAACGUGGGAAAAAAGUGAAAAAUGAGCUUUGAAAUUUCGUUGUUCCACAAUCUCUUGUUAUCAUU